GUGUCAAAACAUUUUAUUUGACAAUGGUACUGACUGGUCCAGCGUCACUGGAAGAAGUCGAGCCUUGUGCGCGGCAGAGAAAGUGAAGUGGAAUCUCAGGGUUUGUCGGCUUGUCAAGUGAAUGUUGAAGUGAGGGUGUGUUCGCCAUUUACCUGGACGGCCAUCAGUGCUCUUGUGACUACUUUACUAAACGAGGACACAGAUACAACUGUACAUUUGUAUUUAUUGUGUUAACGCUGGCUACUCUUCUGAAGAAAGCAGGGUCCGGAUUAAAGGAUGCGAAGAAGGCUCUGAGUCGGGGCUCCAAGAUGAGUGUGACGUCAUGGUUCCUGGUCAGCAGCUCAGGUACAAGACAUCGGUUGCCACCAGAGAUGAUCUUUGUAGGCCGGGAGGAGUGUGAGCUCAUGUUGCAGUCGCGCAGUGUGGACAAGCAGCAUGCAGUCGUCAACUACAACCCAGCCACAGACGAGCACAUGGUGAAGGACCUGGGCAGCCUGAACGGGACUUUUGUGAAUGAUCUGAGAAUCCCAGACGAGACUUACAUUACCCUGAUGCUCUCUGAUGUCAUCCGCUUUGGAUAUGAUUCUCAUGUGUACAUCCUGGAGAGGAGUCAACACAAGGUGCCAGAGGAGGCUCUCAAACAUGAGAAGUACACCAGCCAGCUGCAGAUGAGUAUGAAGGCACUGGAGGCCAGGAAGAAGGAGAAGGAGAGGCAGCAUGCUAAGGAGAAGACCAGAGACUCAUCCUGCUUCAAACAGGAGAAAGCCGAGCAUAAAGCUGCCCUCGCAGCAGUGGCCAGCGAGACUCCAGUGUCCAGACCCACUCCUCUGUAUGGACAGCCGUUGUGGUGGGGGGAGGAUGAUGCUGAACACAGUGGAGGACAGCGGGCAGAUGAGGACCCUGCAGAGAAUACUAAAGAGGGCUCCAGACAUGAGAUCAGCGGCUCCCUGUCAGACAGCCAGGCCAAGACAAUCUACUCACACCACAGGGAGCCAAGCUACUUUGAGAUACCCACCAAGGAGUUCCAGCAGCAGGAGCUCCAUGAGGUUCCCACUAAGGACACUGACCCCCCUUCUCUCCCUGUCCCUGUUCUCCCUCCAGUCCCCACCUCCACACCCCCUGUGGUGCAGAGCCACGCCUCCUUCACCAUUGAGUUUGAUGAAUGCACACCAAGCAAGAUCAAGAUCAAGGACCAUGUGACAAAGUUUUCCUUCCGCCAGCAACGCAAGCUCCCGGGUAAGGAGGCGGUGACAGCGCCCACUGAGGUGAUAUCAGCGGAGUGCAAGGUGGCUGAUUGGCUGGUCCAAAGCGACGUGAGCAUGAUGAGGAGGUGGUCUCGGACAGAGGACAUGUUCAGCUCAAAGAGUGGCCUGCCCAUCUGCAACGAGGCUUCCACAGGCCACCACCAUGAGGAUGGGACUCGGAGUGACUCUGAGGAUCCUGUUGUAAACGGGAAACGGGCUAUCCAAUUAAAGCCACCGAUGGGCCCUCACAAAUCUCUUCCACCCCAGCUGGCCCUCCCUAGACCCUUCACCAACCCUGACUCAGAGGAUCCUCAGUCUCACUCCCUUCCUCCAAGCCAGGACAAAGCAGACCCCCAGCAGGGCUUCGUCAUUGAGUUCUUUGACGACAAUCCACGCAAGAAGCGCUCACAGUCCUUCACCAACAACACAGGCCAGCUCGACAGCCCGGCCCUCAGGAACAAGCCGGAGAAAAGGUGCGACCCCAGCACCCCCACCCAGCAGUACACCACUCCCUUGAAGGGCCCGGGUUCUGGAGGCCCCCAGAGGGCCGGCUCCCUGAGGAGGGAGAAGAUGGAGGAUCGUGUCAGUAACGACAUCUCCUCCUGCUCCAUCCCUCCCAGGCUGUUUAGAAGUGUGGGACGCAGGUCCAAACUGGCCCAGGACUUCACGGCUGAGUUCCUGAGGGAGUCCAGACAGGAGUCUAGGCCGAGCAUGAACACAACCUGGGAGAAGAAUACGUCUCCUGUGUCUCCUACCACCAGCCCCCCACCAACAGUAGAGGCAACAGCACCCCACUCCCACCCCCACCAGACCACACCAAGCCCCCAUCAGCCAUACCUGACUCAGACUUCAUCCUGUACCCAGUCUGUGCCCCUGAAAGCCCCUCUAAUGCCCAUGGCCCCACGCAGCCUGGAGGCCCCACGCAGCCUGGAGGCCCCACGCAGCCUGGAGGCCCCACGCAGCCUGGAGGCCCCACGCAGCCUGGAGGCCACAAGCCCCAAAGGCCUGGGGAACGAGGAGGAUGAUACCUUGAGUGAAGCAGGCACCUACACCAUUGAGACAGAGGUCCAGGAUAAAGAGGUGGAGGAGGCACGCUGCAAGAUAGAACAGGUGUUUGGUGUUGUUGAGGGGCCAGAGCAGCCCGGCCAGACUGCAGCAACAGCAUGUAAGCCUGUUGAGUUUCAGGACAGGGAGGAGCGUAGGGAGAGUAGCUUGGUGGAUCUGAUGCCAGCUCCAGGGCAGGGACAGAAUCUGGUGCAGGUACCUGGUGGCUCUAAGUGGGUGUCUUGCUGGGCCAGCCUGGCAGACAGCUACACACACUCUGGCCCUGCCUCAGGCCUCUUCGAAAUCCCCUCACAAAUGGACUUGUCAGGAGGAGUUGGUGGGAGGACCGUCCAUCAGGCAACGCUCAGUCGGAACAUCAAUAGUGUGGAACCGGAAGGCCAGAGUUCCAAAACACAGCGUAUUCCUUCUCAGGCACCAUCGAUGGAAAAUAAUGAGACUCCAACUCCCAGCAUUAUUAUCCAUCAGGACACUUACUCUACCUAUGAUAUCAAAGAUAGGAGCUCCAGAGUCCUUGGACCACAGGAGGACCUCCACAACCUGUCUGUACAGGACGACCUUGACCAAGACAGCCUGAGUGAUGCCAGUAAGUCAGACGACGGCUCCAUCGUGGAGCAGAGGAAGAUGCCCACACCAGAGAGGACAGACAAGAGUACAUCUCAGAGCAGUGAAAAGGAGAGGCCCACACUCCCAGCCAAGUCUACAUCAUUCUACAUUGGCUCUAAGGAGACUGUGUCUAAACAGGAGCGGGGAUCCAGACCCAAUACACCCAGGAUUGAGAGAAAACCACCACCACAUCCCAACACACCACAGUUCUCCACAGCCACCCUGACCAAACAACAGGGUGGACAAGAAUUUCAGAAGACAGUCAAGCUCAACUCAUCAGCUCCCAAGCUUAACUACCAGGGCAGAGUCAGCCCUGAGCCCAACGAGAUCUCAGUGUCUCUGGUCAGGCAGGAGAGUUUCAUUAAGGACCAGCCAAGUGAUGCUGCCCAGGUCACCAGACUCCCACACAUCUCCAGCCAGCCUGCUCUGAAUGACCCUGACCCUGCUGAGGCGUUCCAGGGUGUUUGCAGCCAGGACACCCACUCCUACCUCAAUGGGACCGAGGAUGCUCUGGCUGCCCUGGCGGCCAUGCUCCAGGCCCAGCCGCCUGAUGUUGUUCCUCGCCCCAUAGAUAACUCUCUGUCUGGGGAGUCUGACAUGGACUCAGCGAGCACUGCCAGCCUGCGCAACAACCAGACUGCCCCUAAGACUGGAUCCAAGAAGCCCUUUUUCACUACUGGCCUUCAGAGGGAGAGGUCCUCUGCCAGCUCCUUCACCCAGGAGCCCAGUCGCCAGCAGUCAGCAGCCUUCGAUCGCCUGUCCGAGAAGCGGCGGUCCCAGAGAUUGGACAGCAGCAGGAAGCCUGAACAAGACAGGAGGCUGGGAAUGAGAUGCUGUGUUGUAAAACAUGGCACCAUGGACCUGAGUGACGACCCCCAGAGCUUCAGCUUACCCUACUGGCCUGAAACCAUCUCCUCAGACCAGGACGUCUCCCGGCCCGCUGCAUGCAAGAAGUACACUGUCCCCCUGCAGAAGGAGGAUCCCACUAAGUCCUCCAAAGUGGCCCAGGCCAUAAGCCGCUCCAGCAGCAUGUCUGCCCCACGGCCCACAAGAGCUUCAAUGCUUCGCCGGGCUCGCCUGGGCGAGGCAUCCGAUAACGAGGUUACAGAGACCGACAGAAUCUCCCAGAACUCCCAGGAAGUCAGUGGGACCUCCAAGGCCUCCCAGGACAAUAAGAAGCAGCUCUCCAGGCUGGACAUGCUGGCUCUGCCCCGGAAGAGGACUAGCUCUUUCACCACUCCCAGUGAUACAGAGUCCUCAGCACCCAGGACAGGCUUCUCCAACCGCAGCACAGAGUCUAACAGUGGCUCUGGCCUUAAGGCCUCCGUGGCCGGGCCCAGCACUAAGCCUGCGCUAGGCAGGGCCUCUGGAGCUCUAGGCAAGCUCAUCACCCGCGUCCGCUCCAGCAGUGCCAAAUACACCAGCAGCACAGCCAGCUCUAGACGACGACAGAAAGGCUCUGACUACACCUCCACCUCAGAGGAGGAAUUUGACUCUAACCAGAGCACCCUUAAACACAAACGCUCACACACCCCCUCAGCUUCCCGCUCCCAGCCUCUCAUCCCCCCACGCCCCAAACCCCGCUCACAAGACUCGGACCAGGAGAGUCACGAGGGAGACGCCUACCAGAACUGGUCCUCUCACAGUGCUGAGAUAGCAAGACUGAGUCAGGACCUGGCUAAAGAUCUAUCCGUCCUGGCCAGGGAGAUCCAUGGUGUGACUGGUGAUGCUGAUCCUCAGAGCUCUUCUGCAGUGGAGGCCAAUACACCUGUCUCUACCAUCACCGCCAGGGAGGUGUUGGUCCAUCCCAUCCCAGAGGCUGGUGUGAACUACCUUAGAAUUCCUCCUGGAUCCGCUGCAGCCAGGGAUCCCGACCAAACCAUUAUGAAUGACCAGGAAUACAACUCUAAGCACAGAGGAUGGAACCAGGAAGUGGUUGUUGUGGAUGAUCUGAUGUUGAAUCCAGUGUCCCAGAUCUCUCUGGCUAUUCGAGAAAACACAGAGCAGCUAGCUGAGAAAAUAAAGGUACUAUUCCACAACAAAACUGACGUUUGGGGGGAGAUUGAAUCAAAGCUCAAUACUGAAAAUGACAUCCCUGUCCUGAAAGGCUCAAACAAGGAAAUCACAGCUAUUCUGAAAGAGCUCAGAAGAGUUCAGAGACAACUUGAAGUCAUCAACACUAUCAUUGAGCCCAGUGGAAAUCUUGAGCCAGCCAAAGCCUACACUCCUAGUGCCGCCUCCACUCCUAGUGCCCCCUCCUCAGCCGGGUUGAAGCCAUCCAGGGCCCCUUCGAGAUACUGGAGAACCUCGGGUUCCCAGCGGGGUGGGGUUCCCUCUUCCAGCUCCAGGCCCAGUGAGAGUGUCAGGAGAUCAGUUGUGGCCUCUGAGGCAGAGAGCUACGUGGUCUGAGGUUUUGGAGCACAGUGCCUCCCCUUCACUGCUGCACCACAAUUCCAGGUGUUGAGAGAGUGGAUUAGAGGGGGAAAUAGGCACUGCUAGAGAGAACUGUGGCCCCACCGCACAAAGACACUACUGUACUGUGUGUGCACUACUAGACAACUGCAAUGCGCACUGAACUGCCAUGGUGUGAGAAAGGGGUUGUACGAGACACAAAGCCAUGCAGUGGUUAGUUCAGUGGAGGGAAAAUCCCUUUAAAGGCCCAUUGCAACUGUUUUUAUAUCAAUAAAAAAACUAUUCUGGAUAACAUAUAAGAACCUUACUGUAAUAGAUAUAUAUUCAAAUUGACAAAAAUAACUUUUUACACAAACUAUUUCUCAAGCAAGAAUUUUGCUAGGACUGUCUGAGUGGAGAAGAAAAACUGAAAACUAGCUGUUCUUGGCAGAGGUUUGGAACUCUUUGUAAUUGUUAUUGGUCUAUUAACCAAUUUACCGCAUGGUGAUGUCACCAUGGAAAGCCGAAAUGUCCGCCCAUGCAAACCUGCUGAUUAGAAGGACCUGUCUAGAUUGUAUUUUCAACCAGCAACUCCAGGAUCAGUGUUAGUUUCAUCAGCUAUUGAACAAUAUGAUACAAAACACACAAACAGAAUUUUGACUACACUGGGCCUUUAAGACGAGGUCAUUAUUCUGCCAUAUACCCUUGUUGAUCUCACGCUCAGAAAACUUAAGCAUACUUGCAUUUGAUUGAUUGAUUUCUAUAAUUGUAUUAAUUGGGGAAAUUUUGCCGCAAUCAGCUUAGAGCACAGUAUAUUUAAAAACAGCUUGAGUAUAUUUUAUUUAAGGAAGUAUAUAUUACUAAAGUAAUUAACUAAUACAAUUAAAGCAUAUUUUGACUUUGCUUGAUUUAAAUGUAUAAGUAAAGAAUUUAUAUUCUCCAGGAUUCCUUGAUAGGUUUAUUCAAGACUUCAUCACUGCUUUCUUUGAAUACUCACUUUCUUUUGACCACUUUCUCCCUCUAUGGACCAGACCUAUUGAAGAAUGGCUAAAGUAUUUCAUUGUAAUGAUUUAUAUGUUAUUAAAGAGUUUAUACAUUUGCACUUGGACACUUGCUUUUGCGCAAAUAGAAUGUUAUUUUUCUGGUCUCUUAAACGACAUUAAGGCAUUUUUUAAAUGAAAUGUAAGAAUGGCUCUAGGAGUCAUUGCUUUACAAGGUAUCUCAUGUUGCCAGUAGAAACUUUUGCGUAUGUAUUCUCUAGAGUCAAAGGUAGACAUCAGGUCUGCUUCCUCAUGCACUAUCUGACACUAUAGAUUUCCUUGUUCUCAGAACUGAAAGUCUGUGUGGAAUGUAUGGUUGGGUGGGCAGGGCUGGGGGGCUUAGUGCUGGGGUAGAACGUUAGUUUUAAUCACCUAGCAACAGCCAACUGCUGUAUCUGCGUAGAUCAGCCCAGAGAUUUUAGGCUUUGAAACAGAAUAAAACGAAGGACUCAUUCAGGACUUCUACCAGCUAGCGCCAUUUGGAAAGUGUUUUUGUAUUGCUGAUAGGUUUGAUUGUCAUAACUGGUCAGUUGAUUGCACAGCUUUCAAUAAUGUGGUCAGACAUACAGUGAGCUCUAAAAGUAUUGGGACAGUGACACAUUUGUUGUUUUGGCUCUGUACUCCAGCACUUUGGUUUUGACAUGAUAUAAUGACUAUGAGGUUAAAGUGCACACAACUUUAAUUUGAGGGUAUUUUCAUCCAUAUCGAGUGAACCAUUUAGAAAUUACAGCACUUUGUACAUAGUCACCCCAUUUUAGGGGACCAAAAGUGUUGGGACAAAUUCACUUGUGUAUUAAAGUUGUCAAGUUUAGUGUUUGGUCCCGUAUUCCUCGCACGCAAUGGCAAUGAUUAUAUCAAGCUUGUGAAUCUACAAAGUUGUUGGAUGCAUUUGCUGCUUGUUUUGGUUGUGUUUCAGCUUAUUUUGUGCCCAAUAUAAUGAAUUGUCAUUUUGGAGGUACUUUAAGAACAUAGUGUUUCCAAACACUUCUACAUUAAAUGUGGAUGAUACCAUGAUUACUGAUAAUCCUGAAUGAAUUGUGAAUAAUGAUGAGUGGGAAAGUUACAGAUGCACAAAUCAUACCUACCCCAAAAUGCUAACCUCCCCUGAUAUUGUAAUGGUGAGAGGUUAGUGUGUCUUGGGGUAUGAUAUUAUCAUGGUAGCAUCCACAUUUUAAUGUAGAAGUGUUUAGAAACAUUCUAUUGUUAUUUACAAUAAAAGUGACUAUAUAAAAUUAAACCGUACAUUAUUUAUCAUUCAUUUCUAUUGGGCACAAAAUAAUCUGAAACGCAGCCAAAAUAAACAGCAAAUGGUUUUGGUCCCCUAAAAUGGGAGGACUAUGUACAAAAAGUGCUGUAAUUUCUAAAUGGUUCACCUGAUAUGAACAAACAUACAUUCAACUUAAAGUAGUCAGUCUGCACUUUAACCUCAUAGUCAUUGUAUCAUUUUUAAAUCCAAAGUGCUGGAAUACAGAGCCGAAACAACAACAAAAAGUGUCACUGUCCCAAUACUAUUGAAGCUCACUGUAUCUCAGGGCAGUGUACUUUCUGUCCCCUUCUUGAUUCCCCUUUCUUGGUUGAAAUUGUCAUCUGUGGCUUCAAUUUUGCCAAAGAAUACCAAUGAUACUUGUCUUGUAGAAGUUAUUAUUAUUAACACUUUACUGACUUAAAUGCCCUCUGACAGUUUUCAGUGUCGCUUUCUGGAGAUAUUUUCUCCAGUCUCAUUGCUGUACACUCCUUCAUUCCAUCAAUAAGCACACCACACUACAUGAACUCCUGUGGUGUUGAUGCCAGUUUUAAAGGACUGUAUCAGGUGUCAACAGCAAGAUGCACUUGCUGUUUCUUGUUUUGUUCUAAUCAUUCCUCAUAAUUGUGAGCAGAAAUGUUGUGCAAUUAUACAUUAAAUCAAAAUGUCAUGAUAUAUGUACAUAUCUAAGACUUGAUCUAGAGAUGACCACACCAUCUUGUAUUUUGCACUAGUGUAGUACCAUCGGGCCCCUUUAAUCUUAUGCUGAGAAGCUACACAUUAAGCCACCUUUUUUUAAUAAGGGGGAUGCUCUCAUUCUGUUAGAUUGUAUAAAUGAUAUCCUAUCCGGAAGGAAAGGAGACUGAAAAUGCAAUAAAAUAAAGGGACUACAGUCCACAAGUGCUUGUCCUUUUCCCAACAGUUUGUGUAGCUGUAUAUGAAAUUGUAAAAGGAAUUUCCCUCGGUGCCACAAAGCCUUUUGGGAUAUAUGGUUUCAUACCACAAAGUACAGUUCUUGUUUACACCCAUGGGCUCAGUUAAAUCGGUCUCUGAGCUUUUGAUUGCUAUGACACGAAGUGCUGCUGCUAUUCUGCUUUGUGGAAGUUUUAUUACAUUUCUCCAUCAAAAGCUCCAGUUAAACACUUUAAUUGAGAAAUAUCUUGAUGUCAUAUGUGAGUCAAAUGUUGUAUACCUAGCUCAUAUCCCUUUAAAGUCAUCAGUCACCAUGGUUUGUUUUUUGGGUUGUUUGGCUCUUGCACCCUAAAAGUAAUGUUAAGUUCCACAUCCUUCAGCAUCUGUUAUUUAUGAUGUUUUCCAGAAUGAAUUUAUUGGAAAGGUUAUACAUUUUUGUGCAAAGUUUAGAGAAUGUGAUAACAUGUUGUAAUAAAGAGAUUUGUAAUCAA